GGGCGACUGCGGGUGAAAUCGGCUUAGCUGCGUUUUGAAAGUAACUUUCGGUAUGGAAAGGAGACCUGCAAAGAAGAAAGCAGACGACGGAAAUGUAAUAAAAGGAGACUGGAGUGGCUGGGUGAGUUGUCAGCUGAUACCGAGGCUUCUAUACGAGUGUACGCAAGAGUUGAUUGUACUGUCGCGCCAAAUUGGCGCAAAUUUAAUUUGUUCAGGACCUGAACAAUCGAUGAAAAUCGAUGAUCAGAAAAUCAAUCGAUCAAUCGAUGGCAAAGAUAGUUGUGUCCCAUACCCUGGAGCUUGUUGGUUUUGCCACUAGAGUAGUAGAACUUGCCAGCCCCACAGUUUUUUUUGAGAAAAAAAUGUUCUAUAAGUAGACCUUGUCACAGUUUUGGGAGCCAUCUUGAUUAGUAGGCUACCGCGUGAGAAAUUACUGUCACAAGCCUGACAUUUUGAAUUGAAACCAACGAUAAAAAUAACUAAUCGACAUCUCUUCAGGGAAAGGUGGGGACAAAAAAUCUGCCACAAAUUAGCAAAUACUGACAAAAUAAAGAAGAUAAAACUAUAAGAAGAUGUAGACAGUGGCAGGUCAGAGUCAAGGGAGGUGGUGGGAAAAUUUUUCGACUAAGUGUCCAAGAGAUGUCGUUUGUAUGUGAAUCUAAUGUCAAAUAAUUUCUGUAAAACAGCUGUUCUGAAAAAAAAAAUACAAUCGAUGAAAAUAGAUGAUCAGAAAAUCAAUUGAUCAAUCGAUGGCAAAGAUAGUUGUGUCCCAUAGCCUGGAGCUUGUUGAUUUUGCCACUAGAGUAGUAGAACUUGCCAGCCCCACAGUUUUUUUUGGGAAAAAAAUGUUCUAUAAGUAGACCUUGUCACAGUUUUGGGAGCCAUCUUGAUUAGUAGGCUACCGCGUGAGAAAUUACUGUCACAAGCCUGACAUUUUUAAUUGAAACCAACGAUAAAAAUAACUAAUCGACAUCUCUUCAGGGAAAGGUGGGGACAAAAAAUCUGCCACAAAUUAGCAAAUACUUAUGACAAAAUAAAGAAGAUAAAACUAUAAGAAGAUGUAGACAGUGGCAGGUCAGACUCAAGGGAGGUGGUGGGAAAAUUUUUCGACUAAGUGUCCAAGAGAUGUCGUUUGUAUGUGAAUCUAAUGUCAAAUAAUUUCUGUAAAACAGCUGUUCUGAAAAAAAAAAUGAAUUGUACACUAAAGCCGCACAGCAAAGGAUUCUAGUAACAAAUUUGUGGGUCCCGUACCCAUGCUUAAAUUUCUCCAGACUCUUGCUUUAGAUUUUCCAUAAGCUAAUAUUUGUCUGCAAUUUUUCCCAGGAAAUCAUUACGGAAUCGCGCCUGUAGAAACGCGUCGCGAAUAAAUGCAAAUUUUUGUCAAUCAAAUGUCACUCCUAUUAUUUGUAGGUGGAAAUUGGUGAAACAUCGUUAUUGUUUUAGAGACAAUAGAAGAACAAAAGAUAACAGAAAGAUCAAGUUAUGCCGUCUUAAAACGUGUUGCGUGACUUUAAUCAGUUGCAGCAUUUCUCAUAACUUUCCCGCAUUAAAAUGUUGGAAUGAAAAGUCUGAAGCUUAGCUUUUAAAAUCUUGAUAGCCAAAAUAAAAAGGGUGCCCAAAAAGGCAAGCAUCUGGGAAUUCAAAAUCGACGUUUUUGUCUCCAGCGAACUCUGGCGGAUGAACAGUAAUUUGCACAUAAGCGUAAGUGAAGCGAAGUAGAUACAAAUUGCCGUGGUUGUAAACACAACGUUUCCUCGACGUUUUUUUCCUUUUGAAAGGGUAAAUUCACAUGAAAGAACUCAGCUUGCACAAAAUAAUAUAAAAUGAAACGAAGCAAAUCGAAAAGUGGUAAAAAAAGUUUAGGAUAUUUCAGUUCAAUGGAAAGUAAGUGAUUGGGUAGGUGAUUUGCCUACUGAUAAAAACAAUUUCCAGCGCAGUUCAAAACCGUUCGACUUUCUGAAUUGUUUUUCUGGAAUUCUAUACAUUCUGCUGGCCUAAAUCGUUAAAAUGUCUUAUGAAGUCAAAAAAUUUAUCAAGUUGAGCUUUUGCAUUUCCUUAUAAAACUGAGAGUAGCGCGAAAGCUUUGAUCUAUUGAUUUUCUCAAGUUAAAUUACCUUUGUAUUGUGGAAACAAUACGCUAACACUUGAGUCUUGAAUCAAAGGACGCGACAUGCGUCGGCUUCCUUUGUGAGCGUGUAAAUAGUCAUGGGACCUGCGAUUUUGCGGGCGACGCGGAUCUACAGGUGCCGUUCCGUAAUGGUUAGUCAGCAGGAAAAAACUUUUUUUACAUACAAAUGUAUAGAACAUUUUAAAAAGUGGUUCUAGCGCAUGUAGCUGCAUGUAAUACCCUCAGAUUUUUUCAGUAGAAUCCUUAGGAGUGAAGCUGUAGUUUUUCAUAUUUUUUUCAGAAGAGCCAUUUUACGGAAAUUAUUCGACAUUAGACACUCAUACAAACACUGUAAUUUCCCACGCAGUUGCCUACUCAUCAAGAUGUCUUCCAAAAUCGUAGCAGGGUCUAUUAAGCUUAAUUUAUGGGAAUCGAUUGCUGUUUUUCAAUCCUGAAUCUGAUGUAGAGAAAUUAAUACACUUAUUAUUACAAUGACUUAUUACAGGUAAUUGACUAGUGGUGUAAUUAAUUCAUUAUAAAUCCUGCUCAUCAAAAACUUUGUUUGGCUAGUUAAAAUGACUCAGGGGCUAGUACAUGCUACUGAGUAGCUACAAUUGGUUCUGUUCGUUAUACCAAUUAAAAUCAAAUUGCUGUAGUGUUUGUUUUACUGUUUUUACUGAUUAUGCAACAAGAAGAGCUAAUAGGAUGGCAUCCAAGUGGAGUUACAAGGACCAGAAUUCAAGUUAUCGGGAUAAAUUUCAGUGAAAUUUUGAUCAAGGGAAAGAAAAUUUAGUUUGAGUGAGCAUGGGGAAUUAGAAUUGUCUGAGUUUGAGUUAACCAAGUAAAAAUAACUGAAAAGUGGGGGGAAAUCCAAGGAAAAUUGGAGUUAGCUUGAGUUAUUAGGAGUUCGAGUUAACUGAGAUCAAGUUAUCGGGGUUCUAUUGCAUAUACUACGAUUUAUCUUAUUCCACACCUUGCCAGCAAUAAAUUUAAUACUAAUUUUAUAACAAUAGUUUGUAUCAAAAUUCUCAUCAGGGUGAAUAUAUGCAAGCUAAAGUACAGAAAUUAGAUGCUCAGUUUAAAGAGGAUGUUCCAAAAGUGCCAGAUGAUGUGUAAGUCAACUUACUAAUUUUAUUCAUAUACAUGUAUCUGUGUUAGAACUAGGAAGUGAAUCUGACUUUUCUACAAUAGCUGUGAACUUCACUAUGUUAUUUUUAUUAACCUUACACCAAGUAACCUAUGCCACUCAUUAUAUAAUAAAGGGGAUUAAAGGGAGAUAUAAAGGAUCAACCAUGAGAGGACAAACAAGGGUCAUUUUUGUGGGUUGGACUUACCAACAGCAUCACGUAAUCACGCACAAAAAUGAUCCUUGCUUGCCAACGAGUCCUCAGUAGCUCAAUUUUUAGAGCAUCUGAUCUAGAACACGGAGGGUCAUGGGUUUGAAUUCCAUCUGGGGCUCAAAUAUUUCUGUGUCCUCUUAUGGUAACUGUUGAUUUUUAUAUCUUGCACCCAGUAACCUACAUUGUAGUAAAUUAGUAUGCACUGACCUUCAGAGGUUGCUGAUUGUGACAAGACCCAGACACAUGUAAAAUCUUGCAUUAAAAGUUGUGGUUACGGUGGCUAUUUCCAUGUUCACAAGACAUUCCUACACAGGCAAUGUUCUUUGCGUGAAGACAGAGUUAGCGUAUUGUUUCCGUAUGAUAUAGAGGAAAUUUGACAGAAGCAAAUCAAUACUUUGUCUUACAUGAGAUGGGGUAGUCUGUAUUUCAAGUGAUGGGGAUGACUGAAUGUGGGCAAAAAUCAAAACCCAAGUGAAUCCCUAGGGUUUCUAAUGAAACCCAAAAAAUCCUUGGACCAAAAAUCAGCUCAUAAAUAAAUCCCAUGCCGAAUAUUGUUAAAAUGGUAUACCGGUAUUAACCAGUUUUAUGAAACAGAUACAAUGUAAUGCUUUAAAUACAUCCCCACUAUGCAUGCCAUCUCUUUAAAUCUGGUGUAUCCCCCCUAGGUUUAUGGCAUGUUUAAAUUGCAUUUUGCUCAUUUUCAUUAGAAACUGUAAUCUUUGUCAACCUGUAAAUUAUUUUAAUUCUUGACUUCGUCAAAUGUUGUAAAAAUUUAGCCAGUCGAAUGCAAGGGAAACAAAUGAGUCAAUUCAUUUGAUUGAUGGAAAAAUUUGCAUUUGCUAUUGACACGUUUCAAUAAGUGCAAUUCUGUAAUGAAAAUUAUACAAUGUUCAUUUUUUUGUUAUUUAACACAUGCUAGAGUCUAUUUUCUAAUCUUUUGGCCUUUUUUGCAGAGAUGUUCCUAAGAUAUUUGAAAAGGUUGUUAUUUACAUUAAUGGAUAUACAGGUGAUCAACUUAACAUGAUAAAUAAGCUAUUUGUUUGUUAGGUUUUCUUAAUGUACAUGGGACCACGUUUACUGAGGGUAUUCUCUAACUUGAUAUUUCACAGUUACCCAUACAUGCAGGUCACAGAUAUGUAAAAAAGGUUACUUAAAUAAGUUACAUAUAUGUUCUCAUGAAAGCUUGUAGAUUUGCUACAUGUAUGUUUGCAUACAUGUUCCUCCAUGUAAGUAUAUGUCCAUAUAUGUGCAGCAAUGAAAGAUAUAGAGGAUAUUACAUGGCCACGCGGAAAUACGAAAUUUCUCUUCAAGUGCUGAAAAAUAUUUCACGAGUGAGCGCAGCGAACAAGCAAAAUAUUUUUUCGACACGAGAAGAGAAAUUUUGUAUCCCCAAGCGGCCAUGUAAUGUUCUAUUAAUAUAAACACCAAUGAAAUAGUAAACCAUUUCACUUUAAUAGUUUUUUGGUGUGAAAGGCGCGAUUUAUUAUGUAGCCACAGCAACGGUGAUAUUUUCACGUGUGAAGAUAUCAAGUUUUUGCGUGAAAGCUCCUGGUAUUUCAUUGGUGUUUAUAUAAUAAAAUUAUGUUACAUGUAUGUGACAUAUAUGUGGUUUUGGUAAAGGCUACCUGCCAAUUAUUUAACAGUGAGGGAUUACUUGAUCUCCUAGGACCUCAAUAAAGCUGGAUCCAUUUUCUAACAUGUAGUGACUAGCUAUUCUUAUUAGUGUUUAUUAUUGGUGGUUGAAUGAGUGUCUAGAUACUUUGAACUCAGAUAACUUGAACUCCCCACUAGCUCGAACUAAAUUUCCUUCCCUUUGAUCACAAUUUCACAGAAAUUUACCCCGAUAACUUGAAUUCCCUGGUAACUCGAACUGUUUUUGGUUUCCUUUCAGAGUUUGAGUUACCGGGGUUCUAUUGUAUUAGUUUUGGAAUACAUCCCUGUAGUUUGGCUAAUAACCAUGCAUAUUUAAUUAUUAAUUUGCAGUGCCACCAGCUGAUGAACUUCGUCGCCUAUUGUACUUGCAUGGAGGGCGUUGCCAACAGUAUUACACCAAACGUUCUGUUACACACAUUAUUGCCACCAAUCUACCAAACAGCAAAAUUUCAGAGCUCAGGUAAUCUACCGGUACAUUGUACAUGUACAUUGACUUUUGGGCCUGGUAACAUGGCUCAGAGGGCUGAUUAGCAAGGAUGUAAAGGAAUAAUGAUCGAAUUAAUAAAUUUGAAAACAGUUUCUACCUCAAUAAGCUUUUGCUUUGUAAAAGCCAUAGUAAUUUUUAUUCAUAAUUCUAANGUUUCCUUUCAGAGUUUGAGUUACCGGGGUUCUAUUGUAUUAGUUUUGGAAUACAUCCCUGUAGUUUGGCUAAUAACCAUGCAUAUUUAAUUAUUAAUUUGCAGUGCCACCAGCUGAUGAACUUCGUCGCCUAUUGUACUUGCAUGGAGGGCGUUGCCAACAGUAUUACACCAAACGUUCUGUUACACACAUUAUUGCCACCAAUCUACCAAACAGCAAAAUUUCAGAGCUCAGGUAAUCUACCGGUACAUUGUACAUGUACAUUGACUUUUGGGCCUGGUAACAUGGCUCAGAGGGCUGAUUAGCAAGGAUGUAAAGGAAUAAUGAUCGAAUUAAUAAAUUUGAAAACAGUUUCUACCUCAAUAAGCUUUUGCUUUGUAAAAGCCAUAGUAAUUUUUAUUCAUAAUUCUAACUACAAUCUUGGACAGAAAAAUAUGGAACAGCAAUCCCCCGUCCCCCCAAAAUCAGGGAUAAAGCCGCGCAAAGCCAAAACGCGCCAUUUUCCCAUCCUUGAUUUGGGGGGUGGGGGGGAGGGGUACAAAUUUUCCAUCUAUUUUGUCCAAGAUUGUAGCAAGACUUGUCUUGCGGAACCUUACCUGUACCAGUACCAGUCCUUUUUGUAAGCAUUUUUUUCCUGUUUUCUUUGCAGGGAUGAACUUGUAGUACAUCCGUCAUGGAUUUUAGACAGCAUCAAAGCUCGUGUUCUGCUCCCUGCUACACAGUACCUUCUUUAUCAGUCAAGAAAAGCUGCACAGAAAGUUCUAAAUUUCGCUUCUAAUUCCAAAUCAACUUCUACAUGUACAAUAACUAAACCUUCCCCAAUGGGAGUCCCCUCAGUAACAACGUCACCUAGUUUGGGAUUGCCCUUAGGGGAUAUAUCUUCUGUACAUUUGUCAUCAAUACCUCCCCCCACGGGAGAACCGUCAAUGGAAUCGCGUGAUGAAGUCAGUGCAGACAUUGAAGACUGUGAAACAGAAAAAAAUGUGAGAGAUCGAGAUGAGACAGGAAGAAAUAAAGACUUAGUCAGUACCACAAAUAAUAUGCCACAUGAGAAGGCUGUAAAAGCCAAUAAAGAUGAAAAUACUGGACACAUUGGAGGAGAUUUAAACCUUGAAGCACCAAGUCUUACUUUACAAGAAAUUACCAGUGUAGAUGGAAAGACAGCAACGAAGGCUUCUGACAGUGCAGUAUUCAAAAAGCCAAGCACAAGUGGCUUGCCCCGAGCUGGCGAUGCAAACUUUGUGUCAGAAUUCUACAACAAUUCCAGAUUGCAUUAUUUAUCAACCUGGGGAGCAGAAUUCAAGAAGUACACAAGUGAAAUCAUCAAAUCUUCCGCAGGCAAUGGUUGGAAGGGUAGAGGAGCAGGUCGGGUUGGACCUCAUGGCCGGGUGAUUAUGCAUAUAGAUAUGGACUCAUUCUUCGUUUCUGUGACAUUGCGUGAUCAACCACAUCUCAGGGGAAAGCCGAUUGCUGUGUGUCACGCAGGGAAAGGCAAUUCAACUGACCAAGGUGGGUGUAGAGUAUUAUCUAAUGAAAAGAGUCCCCCACCCCCCUAGGGUUUGGGAUUGAAAUGUUACAUUUGGUGAACCUUACAUUAGACUAAACCUAAACCACUCCCCUGGCCACCACAGGCAGACCACCCUCUGUUUGUGUGGCCGUUAUUGCAAUCUGAGCAACGGUCUGUUAUGCUCAAUAGAAAAAAUACAGAUGGACAUUAUGGCGGAUUCAGUGCACUCCAAAGUACAGAUUUAAAUCUAAAUGUUCUUGAAAGCAAAGGUCAAGUAAAAUGCUAACUUAGUCAUCUGUCAUGUUUUUUCACCGUCACGAGCUGUUUAAAGCAUUAUUUUGUGAGAUGAUUAAUUAUUUGACCGGUAGCUUAGAGUGGUUUGCCUGUGCCGCUACUCUCUUUCACGGAGUUACGAGGGUCGUGUUUUAUACUUUUUCCAACUGUUCGCAACCACUACAACAAUAAGAUAAAUCCCCUAAGAAUAAUUAUUUAUUACUGCUAUCACUAUACUUCUCCGUCACACAGUGUCCCCCAGCUGUGUGUUGCUGAUAAAUUCUACUUCAUGAAGAGUAAAACGAAUGUCUUGUCUAUUGUUGGUGCUGCAAAAGCUUGACGGAUCCUUUGCCCUUGUUUAGCCCAAUUGUCUAAACAAGCCUCAUUUGCCCAAAAAACUCACUGGUCAAGGGCACCUUAGAGGGUGGGGGGGGGAGUUAUCUCUUGUAAAGGAUGGUUUUCACUAGCGACAGAGUCGGAGUCGGAGUCGGAGUUGGAGUCGUAAGUGGAGUCGUAAGAGCGCUUUUGACCUAGUGAAAAUCAAAAACCGGAAUCGUAAGCGGAGUCAUAAGCGCGACGGAAUCGGAGUCAGAAGAUUCAGGACGUUUCUGUUUUCUUACGACUCCUUCGCUUACGUUCCGCUUAUGUUCUAGUGAAAACAAGAUUGUUGGAGUCAGAAGCAGAGGCGGAAGGAUAAACCAAUCACAAUGCACGUUCCCACGCUUUGUGAUUGGUCUAGUUCUUCCGCUUCUGCUUGCGACACCGACGACCCAGUUUUCACUAGAUUGUGAAGUUCUACGCUUCUGACUACGACUCCGACUCCAUCGCUAGUGAAAACCAGCCUUUUUUGCCCGCCUUUGGCCUAAUCGUCCUAAUGCUUAAGACAAUACCCUCUCGCAAGACAAGAUUUAUUACUGAUUAUAAUUAUUUUUCCCAGCAUCUGCAAAUAACCCUUACACGUCACCGAAGACGUCAUCGUCAUUUUUUAACUCGAUGUCGGAGAUUGCUUCAUGCAGUUAUGAAGCCCGAGCUGCUGGUGUUCGCAAUGGAAUGUUCCUGGGUCCAGCUCGUAAACUGUGUCCCGACAUCCACUGCGUUCCUUAUCAGUUUGAGGACUAUCGGCAAGUAUCACAGAAGCUUUAUGACAUUUUGGUCUCGUACAGUCAUGAGAUUGAAGCUGUCAGCUGCGACGAGGCUUACAUCGAUGUAUCCGAGGCAUUAGAAGGUAUGAACCGGAAAUAUAUUGGUAAAUCGCUUUCUUAUGGUUGAUUCUUUACAUCUCCCUUUAUGUCCUUUAUAAUUGCGUUCGAGGUACGAGAACGCAACCCCUAAUUUGUGUAGGGUGUUUUGUGCGUUAUUGGGUGUCCUGUGCAAUUAAUAAGGGAGGUUUUUUUGAGAUUGCAUUUUCGUCGCCGACACACAUUUGCCUCGCUGUGAGGCGCUUGCCUACGUUUGCUUCACUUUGACGCGCUAACUCGUGUGGUGAUUUUUGUGUCCUCGGCGUUCAUCUUUUAAAGGUUUUCAGUCUGAGGUCUGAUAUUCUGUCUUCGUAAAGCGUUCAUCUUUUAAAAAGUUUGCUGAAUCUUCGUAAAGCGUACAUCGAUCUGUGUUUGCUGAAUCGUCCAAAGCGUUUAUCUUUCAGAAGUUUGCUGUUAAAUUUUAAUUUGGAUUAAGCCUUCAUACUUUUCAGCAUGGUUCGUCACUGUCUUUGGAAAAUGUCUGCGACUCCUGGUGCAUGCAUCAAACCGGGUUUACUUCGGCGGCCGUUGUGCCACAAAGUAAAUUUACCGAGUUGUGUAGCUCGGCGGCGCCGUUGGAUCGUGACUUGUGAUAUUUUCGGCACCGGACAAACGAACACUUUAACUCUAUGUUAUUUAUUAGGAAAAACUUAUAAACCAGCCCACAGUAGCGCCACUCUCGAGUCACUGAAAUCAACACGCUCGACCAAAUUACUGGAAAAGUUAUUGACGUGAGCCGCACACACAUUCCAUUGAAGGCUUUGACAGGUUUAGUGCGAAGUUUGAAUUCAGAUGUGAAAGCUUUUCAAACAGUAAAUUCAAUGUAAUUCAUUUUGUCAACAAGUUGAUGAUUGGAUGCUUGUUGUGUACUUUGGGUUGGUACAAACUGAAUCAGGCCACGUGCUUUACACAACUGCUUUAUUACAACUCAAUCAACUAUUUAAUAUGUACAAUGAUAUCUUGCUAUAAUCUGCGGUUAGGGUGUGGAUAACAAGAAUAACAAGAAUGAAUAACAAGAAUGCAGAACACUACAUUGCUCUUAAAAAUAACAGAGAAAAUUAUCCGAAGAAAUGUUUUGGAAGAAAGAAAAAGAAUCCCGGGUUAAGCACUAAUCGGCCUUUGAGCAACUGCGCCCUGCAACUCGCGCCAGUAAAACAAAAUGUUCUAUUUACACGCCCGACGUACUCUGGCCAAUGUCUCCUCCGAUUACAAGCACUUGACACCGAACCAUACGAUAUCUUUUCAAGACCUUCUUAUAAUGAUGCACAGUUUGAAUAGAGGUUUCGCUGUACGCAACCCUUACGUUUAAAAUAUGCCGUAAUCAUAUUUAUCUAUAUCGCAACCACCCUUCCCCCUCAACUUCUACCUCUACGCCUAACAAACAUAUCGAACGCACUCUCCUAAGCGCCGAGUACUCCUAGGUUGGUUGGUUGGAGGCUGCUUCAAGGGUGACGUGUUUCCGCUGACCAGUUGUUGGUUUUCAUUGAUCGCAGGCUCAGGUCCAUAAUGAAAAGGCCACUUAAUUGAUAAGUUGUUCACCUCGUCCGUUCGUUGUUUACAGGGAAAUCUCUCAGACCUCGGCCUUGAUGUAUUGACCGAGCGACCGUCCUCGGUCUGAGAUUUCCCCGUAAUGACCUCACUAUCCGUCAGUAAGUAGUAUGUAAAUCAAGGAAGCUUAUUCUGACAGCCUUUUGACCAAGCAAAGUAAAAGUAAUUUGCAAGUGGUGUCAAAUCAAUCAAGACAUUUUUUUCCUUCAGUUGGUUCAAUAUCAAAUGUUCUUGCCGGAUGUUCAUUAACAUACAUGACCAUCUCCAAAGACAAGAUAACAUAACUAAACGAAUUGAACCAAGGCUAAAUUUGAGACGAAACAUAUACUUUUGUUUUUUGAAUCACGUUUAAAGUGCUUUUUUAAAUUCAUGUGAAGGCUCGCUCAAUACUAUUUGCAAUGUCUGAAAAGGACAUACAUGUAUACAGAAUAUAGUCCGCGUUAAAGCACUAACAAAGCGGCAGCGAACAGACCAUCUGACCCAUUAAUUGGCCCUUAUCGGUUGCUUCAUUUUGUUAUUCAUAGAGGGUGAAACCCCUACUCAGCUUGCAGAGAAGAUUCGUGCGGAGAUCAAGGAAGCAACGCGCUGUACUGCAUCUGUUGGUAUUGGCUCCAAUGUUCUACUCGCUAGACUGUGCACCAGAGUAGCUAAACCUGACGGCUGCUAUCACCUUUCACAUGAAGUUGAUGUUAAUCAGUUUAUGGGUAAGUAAUGUAUCAGGUUUUAUAGGGAAGCCUACCUUGAUAAAUCCUACAGCAGAAAAUGUCUGUUACUUUGAAUGGAGGGACACUCCACUUUAAAGACCAGAUUAUUUAGCUUGCCUAGCUCGUGCGUUGUAUCGCACGUGACUGCGUAAUUCGACCGGUGCUUUUGUUGCCUUUGUUUAGGCUCAAAAGCCCGCGAUAUCUAUUGUUUUUUUUCUGAGAACACGCUUGAUAACACAGGGAGCCCAGACAAUGUGUGUGUAAUGCAACACAGGGAGCCCACACAAUGUGUGUGUGAUUUACUGUUUUCUUCACCUACAACGAUAUAUCCAUAAGUAUGUAUAUAAAUCAGUGUUAAAUAAGCGUUGAAUUGCCUUACCUGUGGUAAAUCGUCGUCCUUUUACCUCAAAAGCGGUUUUUUGAGCCACUUUUAAAGGAUUUUGAGUUUGCCGUUUACAGUUCCUAAUAAUAGAAGGACCUUCUUUUCUUAGGAACAGUAAACUGCGAACUAGCGAUAUAUCGUUAUAGGUGUAGCAAACGGUAAAUCCAGUAAAUUUACUAUAAAAUAAUAAUCGGUUACACACACAUUGUGUGGAGGCCCUGUGCUUGAGACAAUUAAGCAGGACCAAGUCAAACAAAAGAGCCUGUUAAAGUUUUUAAACAUAACCUCCGUGCAAAAACAACAACAACAACAACAACACGCAUUCAGUGUGCGUAAAAGCACGAAAGGCGUAUUUUCUAAAGCUAAAUUUUCUCUACAAAAACGAACCGUAAAAGAUUACAAAUGGCACCCUUUUCUGGGCUUAUGCGGGCGAGUGAACUCGGGUGCUCGUAUUAACAAUCGAGAAAGAAAAAGUUCUACCUCGUGGUGAUCGCAGCGAUUAUAUGGAAACAUAUCUCCAGCAAUAGUAGGCUCAUAGCGACAGCAAAACUACCAGAAAUUUGUAGGCAAGACUGUAGAAGCUUGGAGAUUUGGCUCAUAAUUUCUGUUGUGGACAUAUACUGAUUUUUUUCAGUUCUCCAUCAAUGCGUGUUCUCAUUGGUUACUUCAAGAUCACGCGACUUCUGGCAUUAAAACGUUUUCCUGCCAAAAUUCCCUGUGUACUGUUACACGCGAAUGUUGACCACUCGCAGAGAUUUACUUUAAUUCAUUUCUCCACCUUAAAGUUUUCUUUCAUUGGCUGUUUAACAAAUAGCUUUUUGACUGGUCUCGUGGGAGAGGGAGUGCCGGCUUCCCAAAAAUUCACAAAGCGCGUGAUCAACGCUGGAAGUCUUUCUCUAAUGCAUGUACUGGGGCUUGUUUCUUGAAUAUUUAUUGUGGGCGACAACAGGAGUCCGCAAUCCCAAUCUCCAGGUUGUUAUUACGCAUGCGUCGCACGUAUGUAUCCUGCUUUCUUUUGGACCUCUACUAAGAAUGAAUGGAAUGCACAGAGCGCAAUUUGAUCAUGCGCGUUUGGACGUUCUGUCACUUGUAAUCUGAUGACGUGUGUUUGGACCAUCUGUCACGUGAAACUUACGCAACGCACAGCUAUGGCGCAAAAGCGUUUUGAACUUCGAUCGUUGUUGCCCGCACUCCGUAACCUUUGGUUAUUACUAGAUUACAAGUACAUGCACUCGUUAAGAAUGACUUUAUUAGUGAACACAACCUAUAAACCAUUUUUGUGACCCCUUACGGCCUGAACGGAACUUGAAAUAGUACUGUCAAUUUUUACGUUGGUUCCUGUGUUUGCGAGAAAGCGAUUUAAGAACGUUGUUUUUGUAAUACAUUUACACUUACUUCGCUAGCAGUCUGUUGCUGUUAAAAUAAAUAAAAAAAAUACUAAAUUUCCAUUACUUACCCUUUGUUUUUUAUUUUUAUUUCUUUUAUUAUCAUGUUGCCAUUCAAGUUAAAUAUAUUCAUAAAAUUGAAAUACAAAGAUGAGGCAAGGGAGCCUAAGGAAGCCAAUAAGGCUUAUGAAAAGGACCACCUUUAAAAAUAUAUUACCUAAUUGAUAAAUAAAAUACUGGCAUCGGCAAGACAAUUUAACUAUAUACGCAAAUACAAUUUCUUUGCAACAUAGAAAAUAAUCAUUGAUUAGGAUUAAAAUAGUUAAGGCUAAAGGUGCAAGUGCAAAAACGAAAAAGAAAACUUGAGAAAAAUAAUGCAAGAAUGUAUGAGAAAAAAAGCCGAAAGAAGCGAAAAACUACCCACAAGCAUUAAGUGAAGUAAAGUGUGCUUAUACCAAGAAAAAUGACUUUAGUUUAGAAGUGAACACAGCAAUACUAGAGGCAUUUUGAAUUUCAGAGCCCUUGGCAGUAUUUAUAGCACUAAUUUUCGUGGGGCUGAGCAAACUCCUGAAGCAUAGAAUUUAUGUCAAACUUAAUCAGUUCAGGCCACAACCAGAUCUGGAUAUAUGAUGACGUCACGCACAUUUGCAAAAUGGCGCCUACGCCGAGAAACACGAGGGAAGGUCACUUCCUGGCUCUUUGCUGCGCCUAGAAGUGUCCUUUCUCCAUACUACUUUUAGAGCUGUGACUUUAGACAAUGAGAAAUCAGGGGUGUGAAGAAAAAAUGCCGUCCGAUGAGCGUUUGUGCGUUCUUUGGAGGUAAAACGACCGAACACGAGAGUUUUUCAGCUCAAAGAAAUGCCCGACAAGGAGCAAAACAUCGAAAAAAAGAAGGUGAGUGUCAUUUUUUGGACCUUUGGAAAAAAUUUUUUUUUGAAAUCUACAUAAAAUUUGCUUGUUGAUAGUGGUCUGUUUGGUGUAGUGCAAAGCAGUUUUACAUAGUGCUGUGCUUUUAACGAUGCAAAAGUCAGUUGCGCAGGUUUUGUAACGCCAUGUUUAUUUUACGUUAUUUUGCAGUCGGAUGGAAAAGCACCUUGGUUUGUUGGAAAGAAGAUGCCGUUUGUGUGGGAAAACUUUCUCUAAAGUCAAAAUUGUCCAGAUCUGCGACAAAACAGCGUUUCGAAGGGAACUUUUGAACUUCUUUCGCGUAGAUAUUGGGCUGGACUCCAGAGAAAUCCGUCCACAGAAAGUGUGUUCGGCUUGUAGGAGAGACGUUUAUCAUUUAAAUUCGGGUUAAGGGAGAAAGCAAGGAAUAAAACUGUUUGUGUGGAAGGAACACUCCUUAAACUGCUAUUGCCUGCAGAACCUCAAGGCAAGGGAAGGCCUUCAAAGAAGGAAUUAUGCAAGAGUGCAAACCAGUGCAAUUUUCGAUUACUGAAUUAAAAUGUCCAUGCUGACAAUAAGAGCAUUGGUCAUCCCUGGAUGACCCUUUCAUUUCAAUGAAAUAAAUGUACACAGAUUGAGGUACAUAAAAAAAUGCCUAUAUUUUCGAUUGCUCAUAUAAUUUUUUAAUUUAUUAUUUAUUUGUUACUUUACUUUGCCUUAGGCCUUUGCAAGGUGGAAAAUGUGAAGAAUGGCUGAAUAUACACUUAAAACAGGGCACCAAAUGAUCGAUCUUACCAAACUGUUCCAUAUUUCAUAAUUGCAGUCAAACUCCAUUGAUAUGGACACUGAAGGGGCCAUAGGAAGUGUCUAUAUAACAGAGGUGUCCAUAUCAAGCAGGUCCUGUUAUAAAAGUCAAAAAUACACUUUUUUAUCAAAAUACUACAGCAUCACACCUAACAUCUUUAAACAUCACUAAGUUCUUAUUCUGCAGACUGCGUCCAUGAAAACACACGAGAGUCUCUAGAAAAUCGAUAAAAAUUAUGUAACAUUUACCAACUCGAUUGAUGUCAAAAUGGUAGUGCACAAUUCAUUCGUUUUGGUGUACUAUGAUGCUGGGAACAUGGACAUGACGUUAAUUAAGUGAAAGGUUUUUUUACCCUACAAAAAAAGAGUUUGACUACAGCACACAAUGGACUAUAAAGUGUGCGGAUUAGCAAGGUUGACUUUAUAUGAGAAUCUGUUAAUUGAGGAAGAAAAAAACGUCCAUUAUCCACUUUAACAGGUCAGUCUGUAUUAAGUGGGUUGAAUAAAGAGAAAAAUUAAGGGUUUUCCCCAGUGACCAAGGAAACUUCCCAUAAUAACAGGGAGUCCACAUAUUCCAUCUGGGGCUCAAAUAUUUCUGUGUCCUCUUAUGGUAACUGUUGAUUUUUAUAUCUUGCACCCAGUAACCUACAUUGUAGUAAAUUAGUAUGCACUGACCUUCAGAGGUUGCUGAUUGUGACAAGAGCCAGACACAUGUAAAAUCUUGCAUUAAAAGUCGUGGUUACGGUGGCUAUUUCCAUGCUCACAAGACAUUCCUACACAGGCAAUGUUCUUUGUGUGAAGACAGAGUUAGCGUAUUGUUUCCGUAUGAUAUAGAGGAAAUUUAACAGAAGCAAAUCAAUACUUUGUCUUACAUGAGAUGGUUGUGGCCUGGGGGGUAGUCUGUAUUUCAAGUGAUGGGGAUGACUGAAUGUGGGCAAAAAUCAAAACCCAAGUGAAUCCCUAGUAGAAACCCAAAAAAUCCUUGGACCAAAAAUCAGCUCAUAAAUAAAUCCCAUGCCAAAUACUGUUAAAAUGGUAUACCGGUAUUAACCAGUUUUAUGAAACAGAUACAAUGUAAUGCUUUAAAUACAUCCCCAUGAUGCCAUCUCUUCAAAUCUGGUGUAUCCCCCCUAGGUUUAUGGCAUGUUUAAAUUGCAUUUUGCUCAUUUUCAUUAGAAACUGUAAUCUUUGUCAACCUGUAAAUUAUUUUAAUUCUUGACUUCAUCAAAUAUUGUAAGAAUUUAGCCAGUCAUAUGCAAGGGAAACAAAUAAGUCAAUUCAUUUGAUUGAUGGAAAAAUUUGCAUUUGCUAUUGACACGUUUCAAUAAGUGCAAUUCUGUAAUGAAAAUUAUACAGUGUUCAUUAUUUUGUAAUUUAACACAAGCUAGAGUAGAUUUUCUAAUCUUUGGCCUUUUUUGCAGAGAUGUUCCUAAGAUAUUUGACAAGGUUGUUAUUUACAUUAAUGGAUAUACAGGUGAUCAACUUAACAUGAUUUAAGCCUUUUGUUUGUUAGGUUUUCUUAAUGUACAUGGGACCACGUUUACUGUGGGUAUUCUCUAGCGUGAUAUUUCACAGUUACCCAUACAUGCAGGUCACAGAUAUGUAAAAAAGGUUACUUAAAUAUGUUACAUAUAAUUAUGUUCUCAUGAAGGCUUGUAGAUUUGCUACAUGUAUGUUUGCAUACAUGUUCCCCUAUGUAAAUAUAUGUCCAUAUAUGUGCAGCAAUGAAAGAUAACUCGAACUGUUUCCUUUCAGAGUUUGAGUUACCGGGGUUCUACUGUAUUAGUUUUGGAAUACAUCCCUGUAGUUUGGCUAAUAACCAUGCAUAUUUAAUUAUUCAUUUGCAGUGCCACCAGCUGAUGAACUUCGUCGCCUAUUGUACUUGCAUGGAGGGCGUUGCCAACAGUAUUACACCAAACGUUCUGUUACACACAUUAUUGCCACCAAUCUACCAAACAGCAAAAUUUCAGAGCUCAGGUAAUCUACCGGUACAUUGUACAUGUACAUUGACUUUUGGGCCUGGUAACAUGGCUCAGAGGGCUGAUUAGCAAGGAUGUAAAGGAAUAAUGAUCGAAUUAAUAAAUUUGAAAACAGUUUCUACCUCAAUAAGCUUUUGCUUUGUAAAAGCCAUAGUAAUUUUUAUUCAUAAUUCUAACUACAAUCUUGGACAGAAAAAUAUGGAACAGCAAUCCCCCGUCCCCCCAAAAUCAGGGAUAAAGCCGCGCAAAGCCAAAACGCGCCAUUUUCCCAUCCUUGAUUUGGGGGGUGGGGGGGAGGGGUACAAAUUUUCCAUCUAUUUUGUCCAAGAUUGUAGCAAGACUUGUCUUGCGGAACCUUACCUGUACCAGUACCAGUCCUUUUUGUAAGCAUUUUUUUCCUGUUUUCUUUGCAGGGAUGAACUUGUAGUACAUCCGUCAUGGAUUUUAGACAGCAUCAAAGCUCGUGUUCUGCUCCCUGCUACACAGUACCUUCUUUAUCAGUCAAGAAAAGCUGCACAGAAAGUUCUAAAUUUCGCUUCUAAUUCCAAAUCAACUUCUACAUGUACAAUAACUAAACCUUCCCCAAUGGGAGUCCCCUCAGUAACAACGUCACCUAGUUUGGGAUUGCCCUUAGGGGAUAUAUCUUCUGUACAUUUGUCAUCAAUACCUCCCCCCACGGGAGAACCGUCAAUGGAAUCGCGUGAUGAAGUCAGUGCAGACAUUGAAGACUGUGAAACAGAAAAAAAUGUGAGAGAUCGAGAUGAGACAGGAAGAAAUAAAGACUUAGUCAGUACCACAAAUAAUAUGCCACAUGAGAAGGCUGUAAAAGCCAAUAAAGAUGAAAAUACUGGACACAUUGGAGGAGAUUUAAACCUUGAAGCACCAAGUCUUACUUUACAAGAAAUUACCAGUGUAGAUGGAAAGACAGCAACGAAGGCUUCUGACAGUGCAGUAUUCAAAAAGCCAAGCACAAGUGGCUUGCCCCGAGCUGGCGAUGCAAACUUUGUGUCAGAAUUCUACAACAAUUCCAGAUUGCAUUAUUUAUCAACCUGGGGAGCAGAAUUCAAGAAGUACACAAGUGAAAUCAUCAAAUCUUCCGCAGGCAAUGGUUGGAAGGGUAGAGGAGCAGGUCGGGUUGGACCUCAUGGCCGGGUGAUUAUGCAUAUAGAUAUGGACUCAUUCUUCGUUUCUGUGACAUUGCGUGAUCAACCACAUCUCAGGGGAAAGCCGAUUGCUGUGUGUCACGCAGGGAAAGGCAAUUCAACUGACCAAGGUGGGUGUAGAGUAUUAUCUAAUGAAAAGAGUCCCCCACCCCCCUAGGGUUUGGGAUUGAAAUGUUACAUUUGGUGAACCUUACAUUAGACUAAACCUAAACCACUCCCCUGGCCACCACAGGCAGACCACCCUCUGUUUGUGUGGCCGUUAUUGCAAUCUGAGCAACGGUCUGUUAUGCUCAAUAGAAAAAAUACAGAUGGACAUUAUGGCGGAUUCAGUGCACUCCAAAGUACAGAUUUAAAUCUAAAUGUUCUUGAAAGCAAAGGUCAAGUAAAAUGCUAACUUAGUCAUCUGUCAUGUUUUUUCACCGUCACGAGCUGUUUAAAGCAUUAUUUUGUGAGAUGAUUAAUUAUUUGACCCGUAGCUUAGAGUGGUUUGCCUGUGCGGCCACUCUCUUUCACGGAGUUACGAGGGUCGUGUUUUAUACUUUUUCCAACUGUUCGCAACCACUACAACAAUAAGAUAAAUCCCCUAAGAAUAAUUAUUUAUUACUGCUAUCACUAUACUUCUCCGUCACACAGUGUCCCCCAGCUGUGUGUUGCUGAUAAAUUCUACUUCAUGAAGAGUAAAACGAAUGUCUUGUCUAUUGUUGGUGCUGCAAAAGCUUGACGGAUCCUUUGCCCUUGUUUAGCCCAAUUGUCUAAACAAGCCUCAUUUGCCCAAAAAACUCACUGGUCAAGGGCACCUUAGAGGGUGGGGGGGGGAGUUAUCUCUUGUAAAGGAUGGUUUUCACUAGCGACAGAGUCGGAGUCGGAGUCGGAGUUGGAGUCGUAAGUGGAGUCGUAAGAGCGCUUUUGACCUAGUGAAAAUCAAAAACCGGAAUCGUAAGCGGAGUCAUAAGCGCGACGGAAUCGGAGUCAGAAGAUUCAGGACGUUUCUGUUUUCUUACGACUCCUUCGCUUACGUUCCGCUUAUGUUCUAGUGAAAACAAGAUUGUUGGAGUCAGAAGCAGAGGCGGAAGGAUAAACCAAUCACAAUGCACGUUCCCACGCUUUGUGAUUGGUCUAGUUCUUCCGCUUCUGCUUGCGACACCGACGACCCAGUUUUCACUAGAUUGUGAAGUUCUACGCUUCUGACUACGACUCCGACUCCAUCGCUAGUGAAAACCAGCCUUUUUUGCCCGCCUUUGGCCUAAUCGUCCUAAUGCUUAAGACAAUACCCUCUCGCAAGACAAGAUUUAUUACUGAUUAUAAUUAUUUUUCCCAGCAUCUGCAAAUAACCCUUACACGUCACCGAAGACGUCAUCGUCAUUUUUUAACUCGAUGUCGGAGAUUGCUUCAUGCAGUUAUGAAGCCCGAGCUGCUGGUGUUCGCAAUGGAAUGUUCCUGGGUCCAGCUCGUAAACUGUGUCCCGACAUCCACUGCGUUCCUUAUCAGUUUGAGGACUAUCGGCAAGUAUCACAGAAGCUUUAUGACAUUUUGGUCUCGUACAGUCAUGAGAUUGAAGCUGUCAGCUGCGACGAGGCUUACAUCGAUGUAUCCGAGGCAUUAGAAGGUAUGAACCGGAAAUACAUUGGUAAAUCGCUUUCUUAUGGUUGAUUCUUUACAUCUCCCCUUAUGUCCUUUAUAAUUGCGUUCGAGGUACGAGAACGCAACCCCUAAUUUGUGUAGGGUGUCUUGUGCAUUAUUGGGUGUCUUGUGCAAGUAAUAAGGGAGGUUUUUUUGAGAUUGCAUUUUCGUCGUCGACACACAUUUGCCUCGCUGUGAGGCGCUUGCCUACGUUUUGCCUCACUUUGACGCGCUAACUCGUGUGGUGAUUUUUGUGUCCUCGGCGUUAAUCUUUCAGAGGUUUUCAGUCUGAGGUCUGAUAUUCUGUCUUCGUAAAGCGUUCAUCUUCUAAAAAGUUUGCUGAAUCUUCGUAAAGCGUACAUCGAUCUGUGUUUGCUGAAUCGUCCAAAGCGUUCAUCUUUCAGAAGUUUGCUGUUAAAUUUUAAUUUGGAUUAAGCCUUCAUAUUUUUCAGCAUGGUUCGUCACUGUCUUUGGAAAAUGUCUGCGACUCCUGGUGCAUGCAUCAAACCGGGUUUAGUUCGGCGGCCGUUGUGCCACAAAGUAAAUUUACCGAGUUGUGUAGCUCGGCGGCGCCAUUGGAUCAUGACUUGUGAUAUUUUCGGCACCGGACAACUAACUCUAUGUUACUUAUUAGGAAAAACUUACAAACCAGCCCACAGUAGCGCCACUCUCGAGUCACUGAAAUCAACACGCUCGACCAAAUUACUGGAAAAGUUAUUGACGUGAGCCGCACACACUUUCCAUUGAAGGCUUUCACAAGGUUAGUGCGAAGUUUGAAUUCAGAUGUGAAAGCUUUUCAAACAGUAAAUUCAAUUUAGUUCAUUUUGUCAACAAGUUGAUGAUUGGAUGCUCUUAAAAAUAACAAAGAAAAUUAUCCGAAGAAAUAUUUUGGAACUUGAAAGAAAAAGAAUCCCGGGUUAAGCACUAAUCGACCUUUGAGCAACUACGCCCUGUAACUCGCGCCAGUAAAACAAAAUGUUCUACUUACACGCCCGACGCACUCUGGCCAAUGUCUCCUCCGAUUACAAACACUUGACACCGAACCAUACGAUGUCUUUUCAAAACCUUCUUAUAAUGAUGCACAGUUUAAAUAGAGGUUUCGCUGUACGCAACCCUUACGUUCAAAACUUGAUAUGCCAUAAUCAUAUUUAUCUAUAUCGCAACCACCCUUCCCCCUCAACUACUACCUCUACGCCUAACAAACAUAUCGAACGGACUCUCCUAAGCUCCGAUUACUCCUAGUAUUAAUAUCAGUGGCAUAGGUUGGUUGGCUGGAGGCUCCUUCAAGGGUGACGUGUUUCCGCUGACCAGUUGUUGGUUUUCAUUGAUCGCAGGCUCAGGUCCAUAAUGAAAAGGCCACUUAAUAGAUAACUUGUUCUUUUCGUCCGUUCGGUCUUUACAGGGAAAUCUCUCAGACCUCGGCCUUGAUGUAUUGACCGAGCGACCGUCCUCGGUCUGAGAUUUCCCCAUAAUGACCUAUUCCAUAAUGACCUCACUAUCGGUUAACAAGUAGUAUGUAAAUCGAGGAAAGUUAUUCUGACAGCCUUUUGACCUAGCAAAGUAAAAGUAAUUUGCAAGUGCUGUGAAAUCAAUCAAGACAUUUUUUUUCCUUCAGUUGGUUCAAUAUCAAUGUACUUGUCGGAUGUUGAUUAACAUACAUGACCAUCUCCAAAGACAAGAUAACAUAAUGAAACAAAUUGAACCAAGGCUAAAUUUGAGACGCAACAUAUAUUUUUGUUUUUUGAAUCAUGUUUAAAGUGCUUUUUUAAAUUCAUGUGAAGGCUCGCUUAAUACUAGACGAAAUGUCUGAAAAGGACAUACAUGUAUACAGAAUAUAGUCCGCGUUAAAGCACUAACAAACCGGCAGCGAACAGACCAUCUGACCUGUGAAAUGGUCCUUAUCAUUUGCUUCAUUUUGUUAUUCAUAGAGGGUGAAACCCCUACUCAGCUUGCAGAGAAGAUUCGCGCGGAGAUCAAGGAAGCAACGCGCUGUACUGCAUCUGUUGGUAUUGGCUCUAAUGUUCUACUUGCUAGACUGUGCACCAGAGUAGCUAAACCUGACGGCUGUUACCACCUUUCACAUGAAGAUGAUGUUAAUCAGUUUAUGGGUAAGUAAUGUAUUAGGUUUUAUAUGGAAGCCUACGUUGAUAAAUUCUACAGCAGAAAAUAUCUGUUACUCUGAAUGGAGGAUCACUCCACUUUAAAGACCAGAUUAUUUAGCUUGCCUAGCUCGCGCGUUUUAUCGUGUAUGACUGUGUAAUUCGACCGGUGCUUUUGUUCCGGCGAUAUCUUUUUAUUUUCAGAGGACACGCUUGAGACAAUUGAGCGUGAGCUAGUCGAACAAAAGAGCCUUUUAAAGUUUUUAAACAAAAGCCCCGUGUGAAAAAGUACAACAUACUUUCAGUGUGCGUAAAAGCACGCAAGUUGUGUUAUCUAAAGCUAAAUUUCCUCUACAAAAACGAACCGUAAAAGAUUAUGAACGGCACACUUACUCGAAAGCGGGCGAGUGAACUCGGGUGCUCGUAACAAUCGAGAAGGAAAGAGUUCUACCUCGUGGUGAUCUCAGCCAUUAUAUGGAAACCAAUCUCCAGCGAUCGUAUUGCAUUUGCACCUAAUUUGCUAGCAUUCUAUUGUUGUUAAAAUAGAUAAAUAAAUAAUAAAUUUCUGGUAUUUGCCCUCUGUUUUUUAUUUUUAUUUAUUUUAUUAUCAUUUUGCCAUUAAAGUUAAAUAAAUACAUGAAAUUGAAAUAAAAAGAUGAGGCAAGGGAGCCUAAGGAAGCCAAUAACACCUAAUAAAUAAACAUAAAAUAAUCUGUAAAUAAAAUAAUUAAAACUAAUUAAUAAAUAAAAUACUGGCAUCGGCAAGACAAUUUAACUAUAUAAGCAAAUACAAUUUCUUUACUACCUAGAAAAUAAUCGUUAAAUAGGAUAAAAAUAGAUUAGGCUGAACGUGCAAGUGUACAAACGUAAAAGAAAAAGUGAGAAAAAUAAUGCAACAAUGUACGAGAAAAAAAGUGAAAGAAGCGAAAAACUACACACAAGCAUGUAGCUAGAGAAGUAAAGUUUGCUUAUACCAAGAAAAAGACUUUAGUUUAGAAGUGAACACAGCAAUACUAAAGGCAUUUCGAAUUUCAGAGCCCUUGGCAGUAUUUAUAGCACUUAUUCUAGUGGGGCUGAGCAAACUCCUGAAGCAAAGAAUUUAUGUCAUACUUAAUGAGGCUAAGAAUCCCAACUGGCUGAAGGCAAACCAGUUGACUAUUUUCCAGCUUGGUUUGCGGAUUUGAACUUAGGACUACCGACAAGACGUCCAGCUAGCGGUUAGGGUGGGACGUUUUAACCCCUAGGUCACGCUGCCUCCAUAAAGUUCAAAGAGACCUUUGCUUGUUGAGAAGCAACGUUCCAGUAGCGGACUUCUGAUUCACCGCAGUUCGUUUGUGGAAACCAAGAGGUAUAGAUUCUGGUGACAUUACAUCCAUUCACCGAUUAAGAAGUGAGAAGUAACAAGGUAACUGGAGCCGAAAUGCGUCUCGCAAUUGCUUCUGGGAUGGCUACUGUCCCUAGUAACAAUCCCAGAAGUCUUUGCGAAAGUUAUCUCGACCCAGGUUCUCUUUCGUCUAUAGCCCUUGUUGUUCUCAUCAGAUUUUUUCUCUCUUUUUUUCUUUUUCCAGCUUCCCAGAAGGUUGAUGAUCUGCCAGGAGUCGGUUGGAGCCUGGGACAGAAACUUCAAACUCUGGGAGCAGAGACGUGUGCAGACUUACAGAAAUUUAGCUGCCAAGCGCUUCAGAAGGAGUUUGGUCCCAAGACUGGUCUCCUCUUGUAUCAGUAUUGCCGAGGCAUAGACGAUAGAAAUCUUAAAACUGAGCGAGAAAGGAGAUCUGUAUCUGCUGAGAUCAACUAUGGUAUCCGCUUUACAAAGGUAAGGAAGGAUUUUGUGUAGUCUUGGGGCGUUUUCCAUUUGCCACCAAAAAAAUUCCGGAGAAUUCGAUGGAAAUGUCUAUCGAGCGAAAAUCUUGUUUCAUUUGACACGAGUUCCAUUCGUUUGCUUCUCUCCUGAAAAUUCAAAAUGGCGGCACGAAUGUAGUCGUCAAUAGCGUGAACUGUGAGAACUCCUGAAAGGAACAGGCGUUUCCUCCACCUAUUCCAGAGAAUUUUCUUCUGGAACAACCCAAAGAAAUGUGUGUUCCGUUUGCAUCUCAACUGGAAGGUCCGAAAUCUCUUUGUAAGUGAAAAGUGCCCGUAAUAUCAUUUGUAACAGUGUUUACGAGACGUCAACUUUCAUCAUGGGGAUUGAAGAAAUUACUCUUCAACGGUGCUGCCUCCUAAAAUUAGGUGUUGCUUGCAUGUGCAGUUUGAUGAGAUGUUUUUGUGAAGUAUAUCUACUCACAGUUCAGUAGAAUGAAAAACAAAAAUGGCUAAGGGAAGUGGAGAAGGUAAAGGGAGGAAACGCUUCUGCUUGUGCCCUCCGUGCUCUCCCCAGUUCCCCUCGCGAGUUUUCGCUCUGUCCUCUAUGUUGUGUUGCCCUCCAGUCCCACAAAAAUAUAUGGAUACCCCUUGAAAUAGCCUAACAAUAUGGCUGUUUGAAAUCUCGUCUCAUUACGUUUUUCGGGUUCCAACUAAAUACAGUGCGUGGUGAGAUGCUAGCGGAGUUUUGACCAGAAAACAUCCUAGAUGCCUUUAAUGGAAGACAAACCAACGAGCGAAUCGCCCCUGAUCGUUUCAUUUCCUGUUCUAUUUUAGGAGAGUGAAGCGACUCAGUUUAUCAAUGAACUGGCCGACGAGGUACAAAAGAGACUAAAGGCACUUGAUUUGAAAGGAAGGUGCAUCACUUUAAAGGUAAAAGGAUCCACGUUUUACCUUGUACAUGUCUGUCUGUCUGUGUUUCCAAAUGAAAUCCUAUUUAAGCAAUAGACCACACGCUUUUCGAGUGUUCUCUUAACAUCCCAAGUGGGUUAUCACGCCGGUAAACCCAUAGAAAGUGUGGUCUAUUGCUUUUAUAAAAUAACUUUAAGUAAAACUAUGAGUUUACCGGAGCAAUAAACCAUAGGCUUUUAACCAAUCAGAAGGCGCGUACUAUCUUAGUUAUUUUAUAAAGUUAUAUAGUUUACAGAUAUAUCGCAUACUUUCUAUAUUACUAUGGAAUAUUUAAGUGGAGAAAACUGAGAUCAAGACGAGAACCUGAUUAGUUGGUAAGGGAACUGUUUCCCCGCCCUUUCUUCCAAACUCCAGGGCCGAGUUGUUCAAAGAUGGGUUAAGAUAACCCAGGGUUAGUGCGAAAUUAAAACUCAGAAAUGAAAGCUAUAAAAGUAAAUUUAGUCCCUGUCUAAUUCUAUUCGUUAACAAUUGGAUGAUUGGAUGCUCUAAAGAGAAUGGAAAAAAUUGUCCGAAAAAUUCUUUUGAAAAAAGAAAAAAAAAACCUAGAUUUAAAUUUAACCCCGGGUUAGUGCUAAUCGGCUUUCGAUCAACUGGCCCCAGUUGUUCUAAAGGUGGAUAGGUCUAUUCAUUGGAUAAAUAUCUAUCCAGUGGAUAACGCAAUUGGUUUCCUUAACACUUAUCCACUAAAUAAAAGUGAUUUAACUGGUGGAUAGCACUACCUACUUUUGAACAAUUUUUAUUUGCUGCGGUUCUAAGAAUAGAAGCAAAUAAUUGUUUUCACGGUUUCAACUUAUUGACAGCUGUCACGGAGACUCAGGUAAAAAGGGCCGGGAUUUUACUGAGGUGAAUCAUUUCAAGCUGACAUCGCUGCUUGAUUAAUUCGUUUUUUAUGCUUUUUCUUUUUUGUGUACUUUAAAUUGAUUGUAGUUCACGUACUCAUUUGAUCCAGUGCAGUAGUCCGUUUUCCUAUUUAACCCUUUCACUGCCAAAUGUGGUCAAAGGCAAAUUUCGACCAAUUUCCAAAUUUCAUUUUCUAGAAUUCUGACAAACAACUAGAAUCAUGUGACAGUACAGGCAGAGAGCUUUCAUUUGAAUGGUCACAUCAUAGGAUUUGGUCUGCAGACUCAAAAGUUAGAGUCACCUUUCAAAACUCCAUCAAGUACUCUGGCAGUGAAAAUUUGUUCGCCGUUCCAACAAUAGGGAAUAGGGAAAACGUAAGGGCUAGUACAACACCUAUGCUCAAAGCCAGUGUUCUAUGUUCUCACCUGUUCAAUGGCAUCACAUGAACGUGUUUCCGCCCUUAACGCCUGUCUCAUGUCUCACCCUUACUGUACUUAAAAGCAGUUUAGGCUUGGUUUCCAGAUAAUGGUCCUGGAUCUCGUCUAUACCUGGGGCGAUUUGGACAUAUCGAAUGACUAUAUGGACACAACCCUGUAUAUAUGUACACCUUGGUUCUAUCCAAGCAAUUGCGAGCACCCUAAUCGUUCAUGCUGUGCGUAGACUACGUGCGGUCGCCCUUCUUUGCUCAGUGUGACAUCAAAAGAAAAAUUAAAAACAAGAGACUGCUCGCUUUUUGUGUCUUCCGGUGUGGCAUCAGAAGUGUUUCAAACGUCGCUUGGAAACAGAUAAAUAGUGUUUCCUAUUUUUUUUCCCUGUCUUUCCUUUUCUUGUCCUUCUCAACCCUUUUUGGUUGGAGGUUUAUUUGUCCUUUGGCGUCUUUACAUAGAUCAAACGCCAAGAAACUCAUGAAUAGCGAAAUCGCUCUAUUGCGGUUGCCCUAACCGUUUGCUUUUUUCUGGUACAGAUGAAAGUGCGGAAAGCAGGAGCGCCAACCCCGCGAAAGUUUAUGGGUCACGGAAUCUGUGAUAACAUAGCUCGCUCCUGCACGUUACCGUCCGUCACGGAUGAUUCACAAGUUGUAGCGAAGCAGUGUCACGCUCUCCUCAAGCAAUUGAAUGUCGCUCCAGAAGAUAUACGAGGCAUGGGGAUACAAGUCAGCAAGUUGGAUGAGAAGAAUGCCUCUUCUGGUGCGAAAAAUGUGAGAUCUUUGUUUGAUUUUAUGAAACCAAAAGCGAACACUAACGAAGGCGCCGCGAAAGUUGUUGCCUCAGAAAGAGAAGAUGGAAUCUCUGAAGAAGUCCGCGCGCCUGUUGAAGGAAGACGUCCUGAAAAUGAACAGAGCAAACUUCCACCGCUACCAAGAUUCUCUCCCCAGAAAACUCAGCAGACACGUGAUUGCUCGUCCGAGAAAAGACUUGGUGACCUGGGGGAGAGUCUAUAUUUGCCAUCGCCGUCCCAGAUUGAUCCUUCUGUGUUUGAAGCUUUACCUGAGGAUAUUCGAAGAAGUAUUGAAAAAUCUUACGCUGCUAGAAAUCAGAGGAUUUCACUUCCUCGGGCUGAAAGACAAGAGGUUAGUAAAGGAUAUUCUCCCUAUAGUAAUAAUCAUCAUAAUCUUUAUCAACAUCGUCAUCCUCCUCCUCAUCCCUAUGAUGAUGAUGAUGAUGAUGAUGAUGAUGAUGAUGAUGAUGAUGAUGAUGAUGAGAGUGUUCCCCUGGUAAAUUUUAUAUCGUUAGUUAUUUCAUCGUUAUCGAUAUGUGUGGAAUGUAGACAGAAUUAGUAUCUAUGUUAGAGAAGCAUUUGAUACUGUCUUUUUGUUGUUGUCUGUUUGCUUUUUCUUGAAGUCAAGACAGCGACUUUGAUUUUCAGCUGUAAGAAGAGUAACUUCGUUACAGGGAAAGCUUUUCUGUUCCUGAGUGAGAGUUCAGGCACCUCUCUAUAUGUGUGUCUGUAAUGCUGGUGGUGGUGGUGGUGGUCGUGGUGUUGGAGGGGAAGGGGAGUGGAGCACCAUUUGACAAUCUAACGGAAAAUAGUGAACUGUAAGCAGUUUAGUGACUUGUGGUUUGAUGCAGAGGUUUUUUGCGUUACAGGAAGAAGCAUUUGAACCUCAGCAGCCUCCGCAACAAAAAACCACCAAAAGCAAACAAAGUAAGGCAGCGGCCAGACCUACUCGAACUCUAUUUCAAGCAAGCACUUCAUCGGAAGCAGCUCCUAGUACAUCAGAUCUUCUACCAUCACCGUCCCAAAUCGACCCAGAAUUCCUGGCGGCCCUUCCAGAUGACGUCAGAGAAGAACUUGAGCAGGCCUAUAAACUAAAGGAUUCAAAUAUUACAGGCAAUCGUGCCCAGGCUGAAGCUUCGAGUGCCCCGGUUUUGCCCAUGGAGAGAGGCCUGGGAAGUGAUAAAGGGGCUCUCCAGUCAGGUGCUAUUCAAAAAGAAGAACCUGAAAAAGGCAACCGUCCUCCAUCAAAACAGAAACAGGUAAAUUUAAUCUGUUAUCAUAAGGACCACUGGGCACUAGGCCGACGUCAAAUACAGUCAAAUCGCGUCAAUACGUCUCCGAGGGGGCCAUAGUAAGUGUCGGUAUGAAGCGGGUUGAAUUUAGAGAAAAUGUAAGGAGUUUCUUUCCCCAGGGACAAAGCAAACUGGCUGUAAUAAUGAGGUGUCCGUAUAAAGUGGGUGUCCGUAAAGCGGGAUUUGAUUGUACAGUUGUAAGUGACAGUCACCGUUGCCUCUCUUGUUUCGUGAAUGGGCGAUACCAAAACACCUCGUAGAUAAUGUUAAAAAUAAGGUGAAAUAGAAAGGAUUCUCUAGACAGUCUCAGAAAGAUCAGAGAUGAAUCCAUGUCAAAAGGUCAGGAAAGUGCUUCAGGUUCCCUUAUUGUAGAUGUAUCAGUUAUACAAAACACCUGCACCUACACCUAUCCCGUAGUCAUGGUGACCGUUGGGGAGUCACGGACCUAGCAGCCUUUUCCCUCCAUUUGACUUUGUUUUCAGAUUCUCUUAGGGCGUCGCAAAACCUCAAUCCUGUCCACUCAGAGAUGUUAUUCUCCCAGCGCAUCUUUUGUCGGCCUCUUCUUCUCCCUCCCUUCUUUUUUCCUUGUAAAAUUGUCUUGGCAAGCCCUGCUGGUCUUGAUACAUGCUCAAACCAUUUUAACUUGCGUUUCUUUACUGUGGUUUGUAAUUUGUAGCAAAUGAGCUUGCUAUUAUUUUAGUGUGGCUUUAGUUCUACAUCUAAAUUUAUAAUUAUAUUGACAGUCAAGGUGUCCUAGAAAUGGUACCGACUGUUCGCGAAAGGGAACUUGCUUCGCCGUGGUGGGCAAGAAACAACCUCGUUCAAAUAUUUUCCCUCUGUUUCGUUUUUUCACUUAGCUGUUACAAACAUUUCUUGUCAUCAGGCGAGUUUAGGAGAAGCCAUUACACUUCCAGAAGUAAAGCAGGUCAUCAGACAAUGGACUGAAGCUUAUGAAGGUAGGAAUUGUUAGGUCUGGAAGUGUUUUAAGGGACUGACUGACAAGCAGCAAACAGUUGGCCACAUAGUCAAGAACACGCAUUAAGGCUCGCCAUCUUGUUUUUACCCUCUCAUUUCACUCCUACAAUCCCGGAUGUACAAGAUAGUGCCUAGUACACCACACACGAUUUUAACUCGUGACGAAGUUUUCCCUUUACUUGCUAAGUACUUUUUAUUUUGUCUACAAAAAAAUAUGUAGUUUUAUGCCAGGUUCAUCCACAUAAAGUAUUUUGGACAGGUUUUGUUUGCACCUCUCCUGAAUUGAGAAAUUUUCAACUUGAAUCUCGCAUUUGCCGUUUGCCGUAAACGUGAUUCUAAAAAUCUCUAUUUUCUUAACAAGGCACAAGCACUUCCUUCGAGAAGUGUGUUAGUUACGUCAGUACGCUCAGUCACACUGGAAAGUAGAAGUUAAAAGGUUUUAAAAUUCCUAUUUGUUGACAAACCUUGAGUAGCAGUACAAACAAACCAAAUGUAGUUGGCAAGUUUCCAGGUUCAAUACGCUUCUAUGUAAAGCGAUCAAUACUGAGAACACUUGUGCUCCGUUUCGUUCAGUUGCGUCUCGUUGCAAUCGGCGAAAAGCUGGUCCCUGUUGCUGGUAAUGAAGAUGAACACAAGUAAAAGUAAAUCGACUCAAACUUGUACAAUUCCUGCCCUAAAGACGUCGCAAGUUCAGAACUGUUUCUCGAAUAUCUUAUACCGCAUUACAGUGUUCUUUGGAUGAGCUUCACAUUAAAGGCCUGAGAAAACAGCCCGUAUCUUGCGACGCCAUCACUGAUUUCCCUGCGAAAUGACGCCUGAGGAACAACUGUAAAAAUUCCAAACUGAUGACGCGUCCUUACUGAGAUCUGGGUACUGCCUCUCUCUGAUUAGUUAAUGUCAAUUUCCCACGCAACUCUUCAAUCAGAAGCACAACCAGGGAAUCGGAAAUGUUGAGAACACCACUCUUCCGCACUGCUAGUGGCCAGAGGUCCUUCGAACAUAGAGCAACGUUUUUUGAUAUAACUUCUAACCAGAACUCAAGCUAAGCGAAUCAGUUCAAAAUUUUAAGCGUCAACUUAGACGACUUCUUCUGGAGGCCUCCUUUAGUUAGUUAAUUAUUUUUCGUGUUUUUAGCUUUCUGUGUUCCAAAUGUUUAUUGUAACAUUGACUCUGAAAAGCCCUGUGGGGACGAGCCCAUAAAAUACGUAUGUAUGUAACCCAGAUCUGAUCAGUAUGGAACUUCGACGUUCGUUCCUCAGACGUUGAUAGCCCACGUUCGUCAUAUUAAAAUUCUGACAUGAUUCUGAGGCUUUCAGGUCAAUUUUCUAUAUUUGGUUUGGUUUUCUUUGGGCUCAAGUCUCUUUUGGGAAUUGCGAGACAAUGGAGUCAUGAAAAAUUUACAAUUUUGUCCCUAAAGCCUCGGAGUCGCGUUAGAAUUGUAAUAUAUCGAACGUGUGCUAUUCACAAGGUAACCAAUGGUGGCGUCACGAAAUGUCGGCAGUUUUCUUAGACUACACAGUAACGUCCUUAGAGGUAUAAUUCGGCCCUUUUGGGUGAAUAUGAAAUUGGCUUAGUGUUUUUUUUUAUGAUCUUUGCCGUGAUUGUAUAUCGGCAGCUCCUUUGGAAGAAGACGUGGAAGUGUUAAGUGCUUACCUUAUACAGCUUGUUGGAACACAAAACUUAGAGCAGCUUUGGAAAGUCUUGAAGUUUCUUGACAGGUAUGCUACGAAUUUUUGCUGUUGUUUUAACUAUAAAAUUGGAAAUGUCGUGUUGAUAAGGAGUGAAAUACGGGCAUACAAGGUUUACAGGGAUACGGGCAUACAGGGCACACAGGCAUACGGGCACACAGUGCUUACGGGGCGUGGUCGAGUGUUAUGGGAUAUACAGCGAGGGUUAGAAAUAAAAUGAGAGAAAGGGGAAUGUAGGGGAAAUUAUUUGUUGAAUCCACCAAUAGACUGUAAAACGGCCCGUAUUUUUGCUUAAUGGAGAACGCAAGAACAGUCAAAUAAAAAGUCUGGAGCGAGAGUGAGGCUGGCGCGCCUUGCGCGCCUGAGACUUAAACGCUGUCGGCGUUUCGCGCCUUUAAAGAACGUUUGUAGAAAACAAAAAAAAAGCAUUGUUUUUGGAGUCUAAUCCACGACCAAGGUGGAACUUAAACCGUGGAUCAAAACGAAAACUGCGAUGUGCAAACGGGUAUAAGAUGUCCGAUUCUUCUCACCUUUUGAAAGCACUCCCUACCUUCUCCACCCUAAUAUUUAAAUUGUCGCCAGUAAUAAUGGUAGUUUCAUGGUGUUGCGGAAGGGUGCAAUCACCAAAUGACGCCAUACAAAAGAUUUAAAAAAAACAAUUCAAUGAUAAUAACUACACAAUAACACAAGAUUGAACCAACAAUGGCUUCCUCAACACCAAGAAACAUCCCCUGUAAUACGGAGAACAUUCUCCUGACUGGGGUAGGGAGAGGCCCUGUAAGGGAAAGGUCUUACCAAAAGUCGAGCAAUUCACGCGAGCAGGUCAAAUAACUUAUUUCUAAUUACUAAUUUCUACUAGAAUUAUUUUCUCACAAAAAUGAAACUUUUUCUUCGUUUUUUGAUAUGAUGAUUCUCGUCUGUUUUGCUUAAAGGACGGUUGAUGGUCGCGAAGAGUGGCAGAUUUCUUGUUGUACCGUGUUAACUCAAGUUCAACAAGUCCUCAGCCAGAAAUAUCACACCAAACUUUCUGUAAAUUCUUUAAAAUUUGCCAAGUUAAUUCGCGCAAGAACGUUUUUGGAUUCACUCCUGAAUAACUAAACUGGUUGAGUAUUAAAUCCAUAUGUGCUCUUUUUUAAUAAAUAACUGAAUAUCCCGCCGGUUUUUUGAAAACGAGGCUAGUAGAAAAGUGGGGCCAAAAGGUAGGGGUUUGUUUGCGUCCUAUAAUCCCGAAAAUCACACUAACGAAAGAAAAGGAUAGAAAAAACAGCAAAGAGCGAGAAUAACGAAUGGAGGAGGAGAAGAUGAAGAAAC